UGCACCCUUAAUUUGUUUCUAGGUGUUGGCUGCCAAUUGUAGAGUGCAAAUGAAAAGUUACAGAUUGGUGGCUUCGUUAACAAAAUUUUCUGUUAUUUGUGUAGUUGAAGACGGGAAUUUGUUUUGCGUAUAAAAAGUUAACACUGCGUAACCAAGUUCAUGAUUUAUCCAUACUAGAGUGCACAAAAUAAACGCCGUAUGCAAGCGUAAUCAUCCAAAGCUUUUCAUCCGACUAAGCUACUGGCCAGCUUAAAAAAAGUAAGCCACCAUCUAACGAGAGCGAACCGAUUCGAUCCGAUCCGACCGACGACCACACAAAGAAGGAUCUAUCAAGAAAGCCGGCUAGCCGAAUCCCGCAUCCGAUUCGUAAUCCGCAACCGAUUCCGAAUUUGAAACCGAAUCCUCAAACAAAUCAUCCCAUAAGGACCGCGCCGCUGUCUCCAACGAUCACAAGAUGAAUGAACUAGACAGUCUCAGGCAGGAAGCCGAGUCCCUAAAGAACGCCAUCCGGGAUGCCCGGAAGGCGGCCUGCGACACAUCACUGUUGCAAGCGGCCACCUCGCUGGAACCCAUCGGCCGCAUACAGAUGCGCACACGUCGUACAUUACGCGGCCAUUUGGCGAAAAUCUACGCCAUGCACUGGGGCAACGAUUCAAGGAAUCUCGUAUCAGCCUCACAGGACGGCAAACUGAUCGUUUGGGACUCGCAUACCACGAACAAAGUCCACGCCAUUCCACUGCGAUCCUCGUGGGUGAUGACAUGUGCGUACGCCCCAUCCGGUAGCUAUGUGGCCUGCGGUGGCCUCGACAACAUGUGUUCAAUUUACAACCUAAAGACGCGCGAGGGCAAUGUCCGGGUAUCCCGUGAGCUGCCCGGCCAUGGUGGCUAUCUAUCGUGCUGCCGCUUCCUGGACGACAAUCAGAUCGUUACCAGCUCCGGUGAUAUGUCGUGCGGAUUGUGGGACAUCGAGACGGGCCUGCAGGUAACCUCGUUUCUGGGUCACACCGGCGAUGUGAUGGCCCUCUCACUGGCGCCCCAAUGCAAAACGUUCGUAUCCGGCGCCUGCGAUGCGUCCGCCAAGCUAUGGGACAUCCGGGAGGGUGUCUGUAAACAAACCUUCCCCGGCCACGAAUCCGAUAUCAAUGCGGUCACAUUUUUCCCCAAUGGCCAGGCAUUCGCCACAGGUUCGGACGACGCUACCUGUCGAUUGUUCGACAUCCGUGCCGAUCAGGAGUUGGCCAUGUACUCGCACGACAACAUCAUAUGCGGCAUCACAUCGGUGGCAUUCUCGAAGAGCGGACGUCUGUUAUUAGCGGGCUACGACGAUUUCAACUGCAAUGUAUGGGACACGAUGAAGGCAGAACGAUCCGGCAUACUCGCCGGCCACGACAACCGUGUAUCCUGUCUGGGUGUCACCGAGAACGGCAUGGCGGUGGCAACAGGAUCGUGGGACUCCUUCUUGCGCGUAUGGAACUAAAAACAAAACAAAACAGAAGGAAGAGUAACAGAAACAAAAGAAAACAAAACAAAAAACAGAGAAAACCAAACAAACAAAGAACAACAAAAAAAAGAGGAAAAAGUAAAAGUAAAAGAACUUCAAAAUGCAUUAAAGGGUGGGGUGGGGUCAGGUCAACGGUUGCGCAGUCUGCGGAUAGUGUUUCACCCAUCAUCUACAUUGUGAUCUAAUGUAUAUGAUUCGGUGUUACCUCUGUGGUUAAUAUUAAAUGAGUGCCGGACGUUUUGAAUAUGCGGGCGCAGCUAGUUGACUAGAACGUAGACCACAACAACAAAGAACUUUAUAUACAACAUUAUUUAUAUUGCUAUAUACUUAUUAACUAAAAUUAUACAAAAAAACAAAAUAAAACCAAAAAAAAAAACAACAAAAAAAAACGCAGACAUACGCAGCAACAUACAAAUAGACAUACACACGCAUACAAGAAUAUUAUUAGUGUAAAUGGAAAAUUGAGAAAAAACAAAAACCAAGAACAAGAUCAAGAAAAUAAGAAACCAAAAGAUAAAGAAAUUGAUGAAGAAACGAUGGGCCCGCUGAUAGUCAGUUGUUUAGUCAGAAUUCCGGUUACAGCUACAGUUUAAAACGUACGUAAAUUAAACUUAGUUCAAAUCGCAUUUCAGCGGUGAGUGCGUGCAACUGAGAGCACAAAACUGGCAGCCCCUGUUGUCCUGGCAUCCCGAUCCUGAUCCUGGUCGUGGUCCUGAUCCCGAAUCGGAGUCCGAAUCCGAGUACCAGGAGCGACAGGAGUGGUGCUGGUCAGUCAGUCUGUAAGUCAGUCAGUCGUUUGCACUUUGUAAAAGAAAAAGAAGAUGGUAUCAUUGUAAUCAUGUAUGUCAACAAGUAAAUACAUAUUCUUUUGCGUAUAAUACAUAAAACUUCAGAAUGUGUGGAUGAUCCUGAUGCAAGGAGGGUUAGAGAAGAAGUCAAAUAAAGUUAAAGCAUUUAAAAAAUAAAAAAGAAUCACGGCAAACCUAAACGUAAAACAAAACAAAACAAAAAAGAAAAAGAAAACCAAACAAGAAACAAAAACAAAAAUUGCGUAAUAAACUUUAUAAAUCAAGUAAUGAAAACAAAACAAAAAACAAAAAAAAGUAAAGAAAACACUAUAACAAAUUUUUGUCUUAUUAUGUUUAAGUCCCUAAUUUAUAUACAAACAAAAAUAAGAAUGAUUUAAAUAACAUAUAUGUAAACUAUGCAUUAGUGAAAAAGUGGAAAACUAUUUAUAUAUAAUAUGAUGGCCAUAUAAGCUAUAACAAUAAAUUGAAAAACACCUUUAAAUCUUAUAAUACAUUUAUAAAUGUUUAACAAAAUCUUAACAAAUACAUUCAUAGAAUUGCGGCAGUAAGGGCAUUAAAGCAUCAUGGAAAUAAUUUGAGCAUUCACCCCCCUCACUACUCUAAUUGCAUACUGUUGAAUUUUGUUCUUUUUAUUCCCCUGAAUUCUUAUGAGGUUUUACAUACAUAUAUGGCUUAUAUGAGGUUUGAAGAUGCAACAAAUGCAACAAACGAAACGAAACGAAGCGAAGCGAUUGCAGAAUGAAUGCAGAAUGCAAACAAAAAACUAAAGCUUACAUAUAUUGUGAAAAUACUGAUAUUGUCUUGCUGUCUUACGAAUAUACUGAAUCAUCAAGUUCUUAUCUAUUUUUAUUAUGUUCUUUUUAAUUAAUUUUAAGAGGUAAUAGGAAAUUCGCGUAUACCGAUACCAAUACCGAUACCGAUUCCAGCAUUCUGAAAUCAAAGAUCUGAAAUCCUAGCAAUACCAAAAUUCAUUGAAAAUUGUAAUAAACUGAUUGGUUUAUUGACCUUCUUGAAGUAUUCUUUAACGAUAUAGUAGUAUCUUGGUCCGAUAGGUAAAUGGUAAAUUGUGAUUUAAAGUGAAUAGUUUUUCAAGCAACGAGAAUUAGCCUAAACCUAAACCUAAACCAAAACCAAAAAAACAAAACCUAAACCGAAUCCAAAUCCAGAAUCCAGAACCCAGUUGAAUCAAAAAUCGAAAUCAACAUUUCAAAUGGACAGAAUUUGUGUAUUUCUACCGACUUUCGAUGCUUGAUAAUAUUGAACCGAAUAUUCCUAUGUAUAAUGUGUAACUAUUGGUAAGCUUACAACAGCUGCAGUUAUUUGGGCUCUGCUUUUUCGCCAUAGAUGGACUUACUUAAUUUUAGUACAUUCUGGACAUUCUGGACGGCCAUUUCAAAACUAAUGCUGUUUCAAAACUAUGAAUAAAUUAUGAGAAGAAACCUUUGUAACAUUUAAAUAAUAAAAUAUAAUACAAAUACGAUAA